CAGUUGUUCCAAUUGCUCCAAUCGACAUGGCUUACUUCCAGUUCCUCAGCGUUGCCUCCAGCUUGCUUCUACUCCUGGCUCCCACGUGGGCGGGUCUGAUUGCCCAGCCGACCAUCAGCUAUGCUGGCGAUGAGCACGCGGUGGCCCACACCCAGCAGAAUGUGGUAAGGAGCUUCGAUGGCACCGUCUCCCACUACGCCAAGUCGCUGGCCACGCCCUACUCUCAGGUUCACAAGCAGGACACCCGGAUCAGCAACAAUGUCUACCAGCCGGCGGUUGCCAAGACCUUCACCUAUGCCCCAGCUCCAGUUCCAGUCUCGGUUCCAGCUCCAGUUUACACGCACCAGGCUCAUCAGGAACCAACCAAUCUGUUUACACAGGCAUCACCCGUUUACCAGCACGCUGCUCAUGUCCAGACUCCAUCGGUUUACCAGCAGGUUGCUCAUGUCCAAACUCCAUCGGUUUACCAUCAGCCCGCCCAGGUGCAGAGCUACCACCAACCUGGUCAUGUGGAGGCACCUUCUGUUUACCAACAGAACGCCCACUACAGCCACCAGCCCGCUGUCAUCCACUAUUCUCCGGCGGAGACCGUUUCCCACAUGAGCUUCGAUGGAUUUGGUACCCACUACGGAUUUUAAGUGAUCAUUACUUUAGUUAAGAUUAUAAAGUAUAGUUUGUGUAUGCUUGUUAAAUAAAUUGUUGAACUAAAGCCUUUAA